AUGGAUAUAAAAAAAAAGUUGCAAAACUCGAGAGAUGAAUAUGAUAACAAUGAUGAAAAGGAAAAAUAUACAAAUAUAAAAAGAAAUGAAGAAAAUUUUGAAGCUAGGAAAAAUAGUGAUAUAUAUAUAGAUAACUAUAAAAUGCAAAAAGAAAAAGAGGACGAAUUCGGUAUUAUAUUAUAUGAUAAUGAGAUAAAAUACAGUGAUGAUAUGCAGACAAUUGUUCGAAAAGUAAUUAAUGAAAAGAAUAUUGAUUUUUAUAAAAAAUACUCUUCUUUUCUUUUAUACUUAAGCAAUGAGACAGAAUAUAAUGAAAUAGAUGAAAAUAAUACAAUUGAUAAAAACAAUGCGAAUGAUGAAAACACGAAAGUUUUUUUUAAGAUUCAACUAGCGCCCCAGAAUAUGAGCAUUAUUUAUAAUAUAAUUGAUAAAAAGAUGAUUGAAAAAAUUUUAUCAUUAUGUGCUAAUAAAUAUAAAAAAAGUAAAACAUCAGUUGGGUAUAUAACAGAUAAACAAGAACAUUAUAAAAUUACGAAUUCAAUAAAUAGAACCAGUUCCACUGUUUUUUUAUAUACUAUUAGAAACCGAUCUGUAAUAGAAGAAAAUAAAUUUGAUAAUCAAAGUUCAAUUGUAUAUACAAAGGAUGAGAGUAUCAUUGAAUUAGAAAAUACCAUAUGUAAUCUAGUUAAAAUACCCUUGUGCUAUUUAGAGCCAUUAGCUAUAGUAAAAUAUGAAAAAGAUAAUUAUUUCAAUUUACAUCAUGAUGGAACAUUCAGAAGAGCAACUCUUUUAAUUUAUUUAAAUGAUGUUAAUAAAGAUGGAGAAACUAUAUUUCCGUAUUAUAACUUAACUAUCAAACCAAUUCAAGGGUCUGGUAUAUUUUGGUACAAUAAUAUACCUGUUGAAGAAGAAUAUGCAAUUACUUAUUGUGUAAAUAGAAUAAAUAAAAUAUAUGAACAAGAAAAAUUAACACAUAGCCAAAAUUUUGAAGGAAAUAUAAAUACUACUCCUACAAAAGAAAGUAUUAAAAAUGUACAUUAUCCUUCUUCAAAAAAUGAACAACCACCAGAAAUCUUACAUAGUAAUUCUAAACACGAAUUCCCUAAUGAAAAUAAAAAGUGCAUUAAUAAAACAAUGGAUCUUAUUAAUUUUCUGAGCGAAAAAUCAAACUUGCAGAAAUUCUCUAUUGAUGUUAUAAAUGAUGAACUUGGUAAUAUGUAUAUUGCUGAUAUGACCAUGUUACACCAAGCUAACAAAGUUACAGAGGAAUCCAAGUAUGUUAUUAAUUGCUUUUUUAAUGUAAACAUAGUUCGAAAUGUCUAA